UGGCAAAGGUCAUUUUAGUAGGACUUCCUUUUCAGUAGGUAACUAAAAUUAAUUAUCUGCUGUUAUCAGUUUACUUAUUGAGACGGAGACACUUUGCGUCCGUUAUUCCGUUCGAGGGGCCGUGUUGAUCCCACAAUUAAAAUGUCGCGUUUCCAAGUUGUCGAACAAGGUCCUCCGAUCGAAGUUUUUCAGCUCACUAAAUUGUUUGCCGAAGACAGCUUCCAAAAUAAAGUGAAUUUAAGUGUCGGUGCAUACAGAGAUGAAAAUGGAAAACCGUGGGUUCUGCCAGUUGUUAGGAAAAUGGAGAAACAAAUGGCCGAAGACGAUACACUUCUACAUGAGUACCUGCCUGUCCUUGGUUUUGAGCAGUUCAGUCAGCUAGCAACAGCCAUGUUGCUCGGACAAGACAAUCCAGUUUUAGCUGCUGGGCGUGCUUUCGGCGUUCAAACCCUAUCCGGGACUGGCGCACUGCGUGUUGGAGCUGAGCUGCUGAACAAGCAUCUCCACUACACCACCUACUACUACUCCAAACCGACAUGGGAAAACCACCACCUAGUUUUCAUGAACGCCGGGUUCACAACCCCGCGUACAUACCGCUACUGGGACGAGAAGACACGCGCCAUAGACUUCGACGGCCUCAUGGAGGACCUCAAGAACGCCCCGGAGAACGCCGUCAUCAUCCUCCACGCAUGCGCACACAACCCCACCGGCAUCGACCCCACUCACGAGCAGUGGGAAAAGAUUGCUGAUGUCAUGGAGGAACGCAAGUUGUUCCCGUUCUUCGACAGCGCGUACCAGGGCUUCGCGUCCGGAGAACUGGACAAGGACGCAUACGCGGUCCGCUACUUUGUCAAGAGAGGAUUCGAGCUGGUGUGCGCGCAGUCCUUCGCCAAGAACUUUGGGCUUUACAAUGAGCGCGUGGGCAACCUGAGCAUAGUGCUGAACAACUCGUCGCACGUGCCCGCCAUCCGCUCGCAGGUGACGUGGAUCGUGCGUGGCAUGUACUCCAACCCGCCGGCGCACGGCGCACGCGUCGUCACCGCCGUGCUCAGCUGCAAGCAGCUCUUCGACGAGUGGAAGGAUCAUAUCAAGGUUAUGUCGUCCAGAGUCAUACAGAUGAGAGAAGCUUUGAGGGCCGAACUAGUUAAACUAGGCACACCCGGCACUUGGGACCACAUAGUGAAGCAGAUCGGAUUGUUCUCCUACACCGGCCUCACCCAGCGACAAGUGGAGCACCUCAUCCAGGAAUACCACAUCUACCUGCUCAAAUCGGGCCGUAUCAACAUCUGCGGGCUCAACCCUUCAAAUGUGGCCUACGUCGCGCGCGCUAUGAACGACGCGAUCACCAAGUUUCCUGAUGACCAUGAUACCAUUGCACACUCCAAGUUAUGAUGAGGCAUGAGCAUAAAGUGGCAACCCUGUAUUUUCAACGGUAUGUGCUGGUAUCAUUGGUGGAGGAGAUUCUAUACAUAUUGCACAAUGAGAUUAAUAAAUCAUAUUUUUUUCUA